AUGCAAAAUAAACAAGGAGUGGGUUAUCCUGUGGUUGAGGAUGUUGGAGCUUUUGCAAUGCGGGAUAGGUUGCUCUUUGCCAAACAACAUGGACUUGAUGCGAAAAGUGGUCGAUUUCUUCCAUUUCCCUGGAUAAAUCGCCCUGAACAGUGCUUUCCAUUCGCUUUACAUUCGACGACGCACGAUUUGAGUUUAUUGGAGAAACCUCGCAAAUCCUUGGCAAUCGAACUCUUUUUGCCGUCAGAAUCGUCGUUCGCUUUCUUAAAUUCAUCAGCCAAUUACAGAAAAGCGUAUAAUGCAACGUCUAGGAUCAAAGUAUUGACAUCAAGCUUUGCCACUGGGUUCACACCAUUGCAACGGAAGCCCUUGGAGUUGAUUAUUGAUAUAGAGAGGGCAAAGAAUAAAUCAACCGAAGAACUUGCAGACAUUUGGGACGAUUAUCACUUGGGAAGAGGCCAUAUUGGUGUAACCAUGAAAGCAACAUUGUAUCAUCUACUGAAUCAAAGAGCUGCAGAUUGCCGCUAUUUUGUGAUUCCAAUGUGGAAAGGAAAUGGUUAUACAACCAUGUUUUUGCAAGUUCAGAUGCCACACAUGCUUUUCACUGGUCUUGAAGAUUAUAAGGCAAGGGGAACUCAAGCAGCUCCAUACUUCACUGCUUCAUACUACACAGAAUUUGCAGAGAGCAAGGACUUGGUGCUUAUUCGUGGAGAUAUCGUGUUCACUAGCAAGCUGACCGACUCAGAGGCAAAAUGGCUUCUUGAGACUGCUCAGUCAUUUUACUUAAAUGAUGUCAGGUACAAACUGGUCGAGCGUUUCAACAAAGAACCCCGUGAAUUUGAGUUCAAGGAUGUCUUGCAGGCAUUAGAUAUGCCUGUUUUGUAG